AUGACAAGCAGCAUAUAUAUAGAUAAUGUAAAAGGGUUAAUUGAAAGCAGUUAUGAGAAACUUGUGAAUUCGAAUCUUUUAAAUGAACCAGAAAAUGAGAUAGAUAAUGGGAUAAAUGCAAAAGUUAAUCAAAAUAGUAAUAGCGAGAAAAAUAGUAAAGAUGUGAAAAAAGGCGACAAGAAAGAUAAUGAAUGCAAUGAUGCAUUAGAGGAUGAAAAAAAAAUUGAAGAAGUAAGGAGUACGUUAAGUUCGAACUGUAGAAUAAUAAAAAUAAAGGAUGAUCAAAUCGAGAUAUCAAAAUGGAACUCUUUGAAAAGUAAUCCAAUAAAUGAGUAUAUAAUAGACGCACUGAUUAAUAUGUUUAAUUUUAAAACAUUUUUACCUUGCCAAAGUUGUAUAUUAGAAUAUUCAUUAUUAUAUAAAAAUGGAUCAAACUCGUUUUUAACUGGUGAUAUAUAUAUUGAAGUCCCCACAGGCUUAGGGAAAACAUUAUGUUAUAUUGUAACAAUAUUAGAUUAUUUUUUAUGUAAAAAGGAUAAUUCUUUUUUUUGUUUAAUAUUAACAGCAACCGAAGAAUUGGUACACCAAAUUUUAAAAGUGAUAAAUAAAUUUGACAUAAAAAACUUAAAAUGCCAAGAUAUAAAUAUAAAUAAGUUUCAUUCUAACAUAUAUUUUGAUGAACUUGUUCAUAACACUUUUGACAAUUGUAAUAUUAUUGUUACAACUACAAAUAAAUUUGAAUUAUUAUUUUAUAGCAAUGAGCAUUUAUUUAAAGAUUUAAAAUUUUUAAUUAUUGAUGAAGUAGAUAAAAUUGUGUCUUUAGAUAAAACCAAUAUAUGUAGUUUAGCUAACUCAUUAACAAAAAUUGUAGAAAAAAAUCAGAAUGCAUCAAAUAAUUUAUAUAGACCAAAAUAUUUUCUACAGAAAUAUUUAGUAUCUGCUACUUUAUGUAAGGUUUCAGAUAAUUUAAUGCCUUUAAAUUUGUAUAGACCUAUUUUUUUUUAUUAUACAUUAAGUCAAGCUAGAAACGACGAAUUUUACUAUUUUACCAAAAACACAAAUAAAAAGAUAUAUUACAUGAUUUCGCUCAUUCAAGAGCUACCAUAUGAUGAUUCCCUAAGUAUGUUGGUAUUUUGUAACGAAGAAAAAAAAGCACACCUUCUUUUUCGAUAUUUAACUGUAUAUUUCAGCUAUACAAAUACUGUAAAUUAUACAAUUAUUGAAUAUAAUCGUAAUAUACCACAUAAAAAAAGGAAAAAGAUAUUAAAGGAUUUUUUAAAUAAUAAAAUAAAUAUACUAAUAUGUACGGAUUCUAUUGCACGAGGUUUAGAUACGGUGAAUUUAAAUUAUGUUGUAAAUUUUGAUAUCCCAAUGCAUUAUAAUGUAUUGACGCAUAGAGCUGGAAGACUUUCCAGAUACAACAGUCGGAAAGGAACUGUAUACUAUUUUGUUAAAAAAUCGGAAAAAAUAAUUAUGAUAAAAUCAGGAAAGCGAAGAAAUGUAAAAAAAAUAAAUAGAUUAAAAUUCCCAAAAAUUAAGUUAAAGGAAGUUGAAGGUAAUGUAAUUAAAAUCAAGCCGUUAAUAAAUAAUGUAAUAAAUAAAGAAGAAUUAAAUAUAAUAAACCAAUACAAAAUUUAUCAUUACGAUGAUUUAAUAAAGUUGAAUUUGUAA